AUGGCGGUCGUCUGUUCUGAGAUGCGCCGGUGCUGGUGCCGGUGCUGCUGCUGUUGUCGCUGGUGCCGAACGGGAUCGGUUGUUCGCAGACGGUCCCGUGCGGCGUUUUAUUGCGCGGGCGCGUCCGGUCGCGGCCGACCGCCGCCGCCUCUCCGUCCGUCGGCGAACGAGCGCGAUGGGUAUAAUUUAUUAUUACGUACUGCCGUCGCCACCGCGCCCCACGACCGCCGUUACGGCCAUUAUGUGUACGGAGCAGCAUCGGACGCCGCCACCGCCGCGCGCGCACAAGUAGUUAGUACGAACGACCAGCGAGUGGCGAGUACUCGUCGUCAUCGCCAGUCGCCACUGCCGUCUUCGUCGUAUUGCCGUCGCAAACCGAACGCAACAACUGUCCGCCCGACGUGUUCGUUCGUCCUUAAUGAACGCAGAUAUCACGCACCAUAGUCAUAGAUGUUAAUUGUCCUGUUAAAACCGAUAGGGAUAUUAUGUUCCUACAUAUUUAAAGCCAUGGGACAAAGCCUGGUCAUCGGUUCGGAACGAUCUGCUAGAAGAAAGAAACAAAAAGAUGGUCUAUCCAUCGACACGCCGACCGUGUCACUCACGGCGGCUUCCAUGACCGAUUUGGAUAAUAUUACACAACACCAGAUUAUCUAUAAAAAAAUGGAACACCUGAUGGAUCGUAUGCAGGACGAGAACACCGGCAUCCCCGUGCGUACAGUCAACAAGUUCAGAGCCAAAGUGCCUUCCGUGUUCACUGGAACUGAUUUGAUUAUGUGGAUAAUGAAGAACUUGGAUGUUGACGACCAAGUUGAAGCAUUAUACCUAGCAAAUCUAUUGUCUUCCCAUGGUUAUUUAUUUCCAAUUGAUGAUCAUUUUCUAAAUGUCAAAAAUGAUGGAUCAUAUUAUCGUUUUCAAACUCCUUAUUAUUGGCCAUCUAACAUAUUCGAUCCAGAAAAUACAGAUUAUGCUGUUUACCUUUGCAAAAGAACAAUGCAAAACAAAACACGUUUAGAACUGGCUGAUUAUGAGGCUGAAAACUUAGCUAAGCUCCAAAAAGUUUUGUCUAGAAAAUGGGAAUUUGUUUUUUUACAAGCUGAAGCCCAAAGUAAAGUAGACAAAAAACGAGAUCGUAUGGAAAGAAAAAUAUUAGAUAGCCAAGAACGCGCUUUCUGGGAUGUGCAUAGACCAAUGCCUGGAACUGUAAUAACAACAGAAAUUGAUUAUAAGAAAUUAAAGAGAUACAAAGAAUUAGCUACAUUGGCCAAUGGAGAUAUUAACAGUUUGCAACCAUUACAAAUCCCAGUGAAACCAAAUAUUGGUAAGCCUACUGUUGAGUCUAUAAAAAAAGAAAUCACAGCGAUGCGACUAAAACUUGAUCGACGUAAUAUAAAGCUAUCUAAAAUUGCAGACACGUACAUUACUUAUUUCGAACAAUAUGCUGAGUAUGAUCCAUUUUUUACACCUCCAGAAUUUAGUAACCCUUGGUUAUUGGAUAAUGUAGAAGUAUGGGACUGUGAUAAACAUUCUUCUCUAUUUUCUUACAGAAAAGAAGUCACUGUGCGUAGAAUAAAACGGUGGGCAUUUAGUUUAAAAGAGCUUUUAGCUGAUCCCGCUGGCAAGGAGCAUUUUACAAAAUUUCUGGAAAAAGAAUUUAGCUGUGAAAAUUUAAAAUUUUGGGAGGCUGUGCAAAAUCUAAAAAAGUUACCUCAACGUGAAGUGCCAGAAGCUGCCCAAGAAAUUUGGACUGAAUACUUAAGUGGUGAUUCAUUGAACAUAGAUUCUCAAUCAAGGGAAUUAAGCCGAAAGAACAUGUCUGCUCCUGAUCGAUGGGCAUUUGAUAUAGCUGCCGUUCAUGUUUACCAUUUAAUGAAGAGUGAUAGCUACCAGAGAUAUAUAAGAUCAGAAAUGUAUAAAGAAUAUUUAAACACUUCCAAGAAAAAGACUUCCAUGAAAGGCAUUAGGUCUAUAGUUUCAUUUUCUGGAAAAAGAGAUAUUUGUCCUUCGUGAUGGUAUGCGUACUUAAAUAUACUUAAAGUACCUUUUCAGCACAGUUCAAAUAUUUUAUUAUUUUUAGUUUUAUUUAUGAACAAUUGAAUUUGGUUUCUAUCAUUUUAUUGAGUGAUUGGAUUAUUAUUUUUUAUACGUGUAUUAUUGUUAGGAAUUAUUUCAAUUAUUAUUAUAAAAAUUAAUUGUUGUGAAAAUGUUAACUAUUAUGUUUGAGGUAACUUAUGUUCCUAUGAAAUACUGGUGACAUUUUUGAUAAAU